AAGUGAAGUAUGCAAUUCUAGUGUAGUUUCUACUGUUCUAUUAGGAGGAGUUGAUGACUUAUUAAAUAUCUACAUGGAACUCAGUUUAGAAUUUGAUCAACAUCAAUUUGGUUUUGCUAUGGCCUAUGAGACUGAUGAGAAGAUAGUCGUUCACUUGUUCAUUAUGCUCAAUGUGGUUAGAAUUGUGUGAAAGGUUAUGCACUAGGUCAUACUCCUGCUUAAACAAUUAUUGGUUAUUGCUUUGAGCUGGGAACUGUCAGUGUUAAUAGGAAAAUAUAGUAGCAGCAAUAAUUUUGAAGGUGGACUGUGGGAGAUAUAACCAUUACCCUUUCCAAAGGUUACUGUAGUAUUCAAUUUCAAGAGGAUAUCUCUCUCACAAUCCAGCCUCUGUGGAAUUAUUCUCCAAAAUAAUACCUAACCUCCACACUUCAUAACUUCCUGUAUUUAUAACCACAUAUCUGCCAACUCUCAAGUAAGUACAAUUGUGCUUUGGGAAGGGGAGGAAGGGAGUGGUUAUCAUCUGGUUAGUUGGGAUCUGGUGGGAAAUCCUGUGAAUUGUACGGCAAGGAAGAAGACUCUCUCCAAUAAGAAAAAGCCUAGGGAAAAUUGGAUGAAAAAUGAGUGCUCGAUUUCUGAGAUUCUGCGUAUAUUCACUAAGAAAGUGACAAGAAAAUAUGUUUUGGCUCAAUGGCUUUGGCGUUUUGCCCUUGAGGUGAGGCUGAAUUCUUAUGCCAAGGAUCAUUUGAGUAAAUACGGUCCCCAUCCCUUUGAAUGAGUGGCGAGAGGGGUUAAAGGCAUACACCAAAAUUUGUGGAAUGAUAUUUCUUUUCAGCUUCCCGCUUUUUCCCAUCUUGUUUUUAGUGUUGUGGGGGUAGGGAAGGAAAUGAACUUUUGGGAAGAUCAUUCAGUGGGGGAUAGAUCCAUUUCCUUUGCGUUUUCUUGGUUAUAUCACUUGUCUCCCUUUAAAAACCUUCACAUGUCUGAUUUUUGGUUUGGUUGGAACUUUGCGAAGGACGUGACCUCUUCUUUCUUUGAUUAAGGGUUUUAAAUUUUCAGAAGGGAGACAAGAUAUUCGGGUUUGGAGUCUGAACCCUUCUAGAGGGCUUCUCUUGUAAGUCAUACUUUAGGAUUUAUUGCUCUCCUUCUGGUGAGUCGGUCUUUGACAUUUUAUGAAGGGUUAAGAUUCCAAAGAAAGUUAAGUUCUCUUGGCAAGUGCUACUCGGUCUCGUCAAUACUCUGGAUAGGCUUGCGCGAAAGAUGCCUUUGUUACUGGGUCCUUUUUGCUGCAUCCUUUGUUGGAAGGCAGGGGAAGACCUGGAUCACCUUCUUCAAGAGUGUCAGUUUGCAAGGUUUUACAGAGUAGCAGUAAAUAACACUGUUGUCUGGUUUCAGCUAUGUGACGGGAUGAUUUUCAACCACGAUCCACCUAUGUGCAUUGAUUGCUUGGGUUGUGGGGGACCUUCACACUGUGGUAUGGGCUGUGGUGCACUUGUAGCAAACAAGAUAGAAGGCUAUGAUGUAUGCACAACCAUUGGUCUUGUGCAAAACACGAACAUUAGCAUCAUUGAUAUAAAAAAUCCUGACAGGGGUGUUGCCGUUAAGAUGUCUAACAUUGACACUAAGGUCAAGUGCUCACUUUCCGUGUCUGUAAUUUGUACGACAGAUGGUAUUCAGGGACCACAAAUUUUGGAAAAGAUAGGGCCUUGUGACUAUGCUACAUCCUUGAGGCACCCUUCUGGUUGUGCAAAGAUUGUACAUGUUCAUAGAAGAGGCUGGGGCUUCUUUGGGACCUUUACAAUCAUCAUUUUAUGCCUUUUCGGAGGAUAUCUUUUGGCUGGGAUCGUCUAUCGAUAUUUCGUUCUCAAAGUUCGCGGUGUUGAUGUUAUUCCCAACCUAGAAUUCUGGCUUAGCUUACCUCAUAAAAUUCAGAGCUUAUUUGCAUCUCUGGUCCGAAAAUUUAAGGGACCAUCUCGAGGUCAUCGAGAUUCUUAUUCUCCAGUCAACUUCUGAUUUUGCAUACAUUUUUGCUUCAAAUUGCUGGCGAGACUCCUUGUUUUCAUUGCAAUUUUACUAUGAUCAAGUUCUAAUGGGUUGGUAGGCAAUACAGCCAGAGGAGUUCAGCCUGAAAUUGCAUCAAGCUGCUUUAUUAACUCUACUUUAGAGCUUUCAUCUUGUUCAUUGGUGUAUUAGAACCAUAGAGAGAGAGAGAGAUGGAGAGAGGGAGAGAGGGAGAGAUAGGGCCUGUAGGCUAGCCUUUUGCUCUACAAUCCAGUCAAACCUGAGAAUUAGGCUUCAGUUUUUACAUUCUUUUGACUAUAGUCUCCUGAAAUAUUAGGCACAUAAGGUUCUGUUAUAAGGAUCUGAUAUAGAUAGAAAGUGAUCUUGCUUGAUAUGUGAUUUUUUUUUAUAAUUUUUUCAAUAAUUUAUCAUGAAGGUAAAUUGCAAAAACUACCUCCAACUACGUCCAGUAAUUUUAAUUAUACUCUCAGACUUCCGAUUUUAAAA